UGGAAAUCCAUUUGUUUUUCGCUGCCGGUAGCAGGGCCUGCUGAGAUCUGUCCCUUCGGGGACAGGCUGGACCCCUUCUUCCUUCCAGUUGCACUAAUCCACAGCGCUGGGGCACUGGGGGAGGGUGCAAGCCUGCUUCCCCUCAACACUUGGUGAGACGUGAGUCCUCCCUGCUGAGCGCAUUGCAAAUCCUGGCUGCCGCCCCGCCUCCCCUUCACCUGCACUUCGGCCCCGCCCACCCCGCCACGGCUCCAGGACUUGUACCCCAGGGCUGCCUGGAGCCUGGGGUUUCCCUGGAGCCAGGGCUUUUUCUGGCAGAAGCCAAGGCUCAUCAAUGUCAUCAGGCCUCUCCAUGACCGACGCAAACCAAACUGGAUUCACUGUGGCCACAACUCCAUCAGCUAUGGCCCCUGGCCUGGGCACUGGGGGCCGGGCAUGGCCUGUGCUAGUAGGGGUUGUGCUGGGGGCGGUGGUCCUCUCCGCACUCAUCGCGCUGGCUGCCAAGUGCCACCUCUGCCGCCGAUACCGUGCCAGCUACCGGCACCGCCCGCUGUCCGGAGCAGCAGGUGGGAACCGCCCACAGGAAGGUGAGGAUGAGGAUGAUGAUGGCUUCAUCGAGGACAAUUACAUUCAGCCUGGGGCUGGUGAGAUGGAGACUACGGGAAGCAGGGACCACUUCUCUCUCUGAGCCCCAUCUUUGGACACUCCCCAUUUCCCUCCAUGCCUGGCAGUUUAAAAGACAGCAUGCCUCAAGCCUCAGGGUCAGAAACCGAUAGUACCUAAAGCCUCACCAGGAGUCUGUUUCUCGACACUUAGUUGCCAAAGUGACAACUGCUUCUCAAUAACUCUCUGAGGCUCUCUGCUGUCCUGGGAUACAGCCUGACAGUGAGUGAAUGUGGAGAAACUGGCCCCUGUGAGUAGGCCUCUUGAUUUCCUUUCUUUGCCUCCCUCCUCCCUACUUCACUAAGUUUUACCACAGUCACCCACUGCCUGGACUGCUUUGAUGUCCCUCAUGAUGGCAGCCCUAACCACAAGUUCCCAGAUUUCACACGUCUCCCGGCAGGAGAAGACCGUGCCAAAAUAACUGAAAUUUUUUUCUUAUCAAUAAAGUAUGUGACUUGGUUAUAAAAUA